AUGAAGCACUCCAUCAUCCUCUCCGGCCUUGCCCUUGCAGCCUCCGUUGCUGCUCAAGAGAGCCUCAUCAGCAUCCCCAUCGGUCUCUGCGCUGGUGUCCUCGGUGACGCCACCUGCGACCUGACUACCUCUACUACCGGUGGAUUGAUCGAUAUCCCAGUGACCGCCUGUGUUGCCGCUCUCGGUGACGCCAAGUGCAAACAGGCGGCCAAGGCCUGUGACGACAAGGGCGCUCUUAUCAGCGUGCCCAUCAACAUCUGCAUUGCUGUUCUCGGCGAGGUCACUUGCAAACUGCAACCAUCCGCUCCCGGUGGUCUCAUUGACAUUCCCAUUAACCUCUGCCUCGCUGUCUUGGGAGAAGCCGACUGCAAGCCGGCCAAGGGAGGCCCCGCCCCUGGCAAACCAGUUGGUAUUGCUCCUGUUCCUGCUCCUGCUCCUGCUCCCGCCCGCGGUGUCCCGACUGUUCCUGCUGUCGCCGUUCCCACCGCUGCCGUUCCCACUUUCACCUCCUACUCGACCAUCAGCGGUCCUGUUCCAUCUAUCCCUGUCAUUGCUAUUCCCAAACCUAUUGUCAUGUCUUCCAGCUCCAUUGCAGAAGCCGCUCCUCCCUCUUCUGUCGCCGUUGUGCCUGUCGCUGGCGCUUCUAGCACCGUCUACGUCGUUGGAACCAGCACCUCGACCUACUGCCCCGAAAACACUGCUGCAACCACUCUUGUCGCUGCUGCCAGCGGCAAGGCCAUCGCUCCUACCGGCGCCGUUCCCCGCCCAUCCCAGCCCUCGACUGGUGUGAUUCCUUCCUACACCGGUGCCGCUGGCCGCUUGGAGAUGUCCGGCAUGGCCGUUGCCCUUGGUGCUAUGGCCAUCAUUGGUUUCCAGCUUUAA